AUGAAAAGCAGCAUCCUGGGCCGCGGGGUGGAGGGCCGCAUCCUCGUGAACAACGCCCUGGAGCUUGAGGGCCCCGCUCCAGACCUCGAGGUGCAGAACAGCACCUUCGGUUGCCGCAAAUGCAGACUCGAGUGGCUUGGACCCAGCGAAUAUUUCGCGACGGGGCGAUACCCGUCACGCAGGGCAGAGGCGGAGGCGAAGGCGGCGCGCGGCGCCGAGUCCGAAUGCACGGAGGCGUGGAGCAAUGUUAAUGUAAAGGCGGUGGUAGAGUCCGAGGACAUGCGCAAGGACACCUCCGCCACGAGCACGACGAAGAGAGUUGAAGGUGGCCGAGUGAGAAAACCAGCAGCCACCUCUUCUGAUGGCCCACAGAUGGGGGACGAGUGCCACGAGCGGGAGGGUGUAUGGCGCGAGAUGGCAAGGACGAUCAUUCGUGUUUGUCAGGCCCCCGUGGUGGGACCCCCUCUGCACCUUCGCGGAGUCGGUCGCCAUCCUCUCUGUUGCUAA